AUGCGGCUCGAUCCGCCCGAAUUCACGGGACCACCAUCCACGUCGUACGAUUGGAACAACGGCAACGACCGCUGCUACUCGUCCUCGGGCUUGCCUCUUCAUUUUCUUCCGCGCCGAUCUACCACCGCGGGAAUCUCUUUAUUUCGUUUCCGACUCUCGGUCCCGUUCGUUCGUGGUUCCGAGAUUUUCCAACGGCAACGACAAUUCACCGCAGUUGUCGCGUACGCUGUCCAUCAUCGUCGAUUCUCGUCGUCGGUUCGACGUUGCUGCUCGAUCGAGCACGGGAACGCAUCCGAAACCAGAAACGCCACUGCCUUUCGUGUCUCUUACGACUCGGUUUACCGCAGCGAAGUGCGCCCGCGCAUUCGCACGCUCACCAAUAUUUUGCAGAAAAAAAGCGGUGAUUGUCGCGUACAGCGAGGGAACGAUCGGUUCGAGUUCGAAAGCGAGGAAAAGAAAAACGUCGAUGACGAUACCGACAACGGUUAUGACGACAACAACAACAACGACGACGACGAUGACGACGACAACGACGACAAAGAUGCCGACGACGCCGAAAACAAAGAUGAGGACGACAACGACAAUGAUGACGACGACACCGACAACAACGACGACGACGACAACAACGACGACGACGACGACGAAGACGAAGACAAAGAUGACGAAGACGACGAAGACGAAGACAAAGAUGACGAAGACGACGAAGACGAAGACGAUGACGACGACAACGAUGUCAUCGACUACGUGUGUUACGUCAAUGACCUUAUUUUAUCGACGUGCCAAGCAUCGAGGUCACGGUCUUGUUAUACCGGAAGCAGGAAACCGAGAACGAGAUGGAAGAAAGAUGACGAUCGGGAUCGCGCGAUCACCGAGGAAUCCGUCAAUUUCUCUGGAAUUCGUAUCGCGAAUGUUACGAACGUUCCUUCGGUCGAUGUAUUUCCUUACACUGCCUACAAUGACGAGGACGAUGAUAUCGAAAGCUAUCGUGAUAUCGGGGAGUCGUCGCGUGUCGUCGCGUCGUCCCGCGAGAUCAGGAACGUUCGUGUUCGUGAACAGGAAGAGUAUCGAGAAGAGACGAAAUUUUGUCGAGACGUUGGCAACCACACGGACAAACUCCGAGUGAGGAAAGUGGUGGACGAUGGUAUUUGUGACGACGGAGAACGUUUUCGUAAAUUUCGAAGCCGUCGUAAGCGGAAUGCCGAUUCGGGACGUGGUACGUGCGGAAAGGUUCGCGUCGCGAACGAAAACAGCGGGAGACGCGAGAGCCACUACACUGCCCGGUUCCAGAAGCCGAUCAUCCCCAACGGAAGCAGCGAGAACGAAACGAAACUCUUGAGGAACGGACCAACGACGACGAAGGUAUCCAACAACUGGCGCGGCCGAAAGUACGGAUUGCUGUUCAUCUUGUAUUUAUUGGCUUGGCCGCUGGUGAGUUCGACGAAUCUCUCCGGACAGUUUAUCUCCGGUUUUACCCGUAAUCCAUCCCUCGGCCCAGUCGAAAACCUUCCGCGGCACGAUGCCACCCAAAUUUCCUCCUUGUUGUUGUCGUCGAGCGUCGCGCACCAACGUCAAAAAAAUCAGCAACGUCAACAAUAUCAGCAACAUCAACAGCAGCAGCAACAACAACAACAGAAGCCACGCUAUCGGCAACUGGAGGAAGAGCACGGAGUUCGAGAGCAAUUGGUCCGGGACGCCGAGUACAGCAGUAACGGACAUCACCGUCGCCGUCACGAAGAUCAACAACAACAACAACAACAACUACAACAGCAGGAAGACCAAGGUCGCGAGCAACGAGAGGUGGAAGAAUCGUCGUAUCGAGAUCACGGCGAAGCCGUUUUCGAAUCCGAAUCGACACAUCCUUACAACGAAUAUAGCUGGGAGAUGAACCAAAUAAAUCCUUGGUUAUCGGCCUGCGAUCUGGCGGGCCCAGCGCCGGCCGAUCUUCAGGGUAGCUGCGGUCCACCAGAAGUACCGAAAUAUUGUCCGGUCGCCUGCGUGGCAAGCUCGAAGGGAAACGGCGGUAAUGGAAACGAUGCCGAGUUCGUCGAGGUGAUCGAGAAGGUCAGGGUCACCGGAAGGAAUUGUUAUUGGUCGACCGGUGGAAAGAAGGAGGCAACGACAGAGACAGCAGUGGCGGAAUCGGAACGGUUUGACUCGAGUUCGAUAAAGUCGUCCGGGACGGAUGGCGGUGAGGUGACGAGUGACAAAAAGGGAAGGACCGACCGAGAGAAAGCCGAGGGCGUACGGAUGGAUCCGGAACAGUGCCUUUUUUAUCUCGAGGAGUCACAUAAGAGGGACAUCUGUCGGGAUGAUUUUGGCCGGACCAGUACGCGAAGUUUUUUAACCCCGAGGGAGAAUCGAUAUUGGUUCAUGAGCGGGUUGCGUCUGCGGCACUGCUGCGACCACGUGGUGGUCAACGCCCUGGCACCUGGCAAGGGUGGUCCGCUCGAGAAUGUGCUAAACGGUGGCCAGAAGUGCGUCGAUGCCCUGGACAAGCUGUUGCACGCCGAUGUGUUAGCCGCAAGAUUGCAUUGUGAGUUCGAGGAAGUGCUCGCGCGAUACGACUGUGCACAGUCCUAUUCGGUCAUCUUCAACUGCACCCAUUGCAAGGAAGCGUAUAGGAAAUGGGUGUGCAGCUCCCUGGUGCCUUACUUUGCUCAUGGGGAACCACAGGACUUGAAUAGCUCCAACAACUGGGCCGGAAGCAGACUUAGGCCCUGUCGGUCCUUUUGCCAAUCCGUGGAGCAACGUUGUCCCUACUUACUUCCGGGUGAUCGUGCUCCCGCGUAUCCCACGCAAUACGCCGGCGAACCCACUUUUCUUUGCAGAGAUCCGAAUAUCCCCGAGACCGGAGAACAAGCCGCGAGGGCAUUGCACAGCAGCGAAGAGAACGAGUGCUGCUUUCAUGCGUGUUCCGAGGAGUUGCCGGGAUCGGGUAUUUGCGCCAAUUGCACGAACAAGGAACCACGGAGACGCGGGAACAACCACGAUCCUCCAACGGCACCCCGUUGCGAGAUUAAUCCCAUUCGACCGGCUUCCACAGGUGGAGGAUACGAAGAAUCGGGAUUCACGGACAGCAGCCUGGAGCGCGAACAGAGACACGACUCGUCCACUUACUCCGCAGCUGCGUCGAUUUCGAGUACGGGGCGGCAACAGGGGACGUUGGUGUGCGGAACCGGCGACGGUGUCGACUCGAUCGCCAGCGUUUCCUCCUCCGAUCGAUCGGCAACCUCGAUCCUUCCGCAACUCAUCUGGCUAUGCUCCGUUUUAACCAGCAUCCUCGGCAACGUUCGAACGAUUCCCGUCCUCUGGAUCGCCAAGAUACUUCUGUGGCCGAUCGUGCCGCUCCAUGGCAACGAGGGUAGCGACGGUCGCGAUCACCGUGCUAAUCUUUGGGAUAGCGUAUCAAAGUCGAAGAAAAGGAACGGCCUGAUAGAUAUCGUCGUCUGGUUGCGCCGUUGCUUUCGCCGCGACUACGUCGGCGCGCGUGACGGUGCGAACCGGUUGCUGGAAAAGUGGCUGGUGAUCGAACGCGAAUGCCGAAGCCGGUGGUGUCGAUGCUGGUACUGGUGGUGGUGGAGAUGGCGAGGAAUAUCAUCGGCGUGCGGUCGUGUCCAAUGGAAAUUUCGAUCUCGACGACCGCGUGGAAAAAGUCGUUUCGGUCGAUUCGUCGACACGCGUUAUCCUUCGACUACCGGUGCUACGUUAACUCGUAUCGUUGCAACCGCCACCGCCACCGCCACAACCAUCGCCACAGCCAUCGCCACUACCAUCGUCGUCACCUUUCCAACCGCCGUCGUCACCAUCAUCCCCACCACCACCACCACCACCGUCGUGAAAAACGAAUCCUUUUUCCAUUUACGAAAGACGUAUCGUGAUUCGUUGUACGAGCGUUGGAGCCAGCGUUUCCUCGUCGAUUCGUUCACGGUAAAGUGCCUAUGGCGACGAUGGUGCUGGCGAUGGUGGUGGUUGCACCGAUGGUGGCGAUCGCGAGAAACGCAUUACGGCGGAUUCGUCGGAAUGGGAAUAUCGCUCGAGAGAAAGGAUCGUAUUCGUGGUUUCCGGCGCGAUCGAGACGAAGCGGCCAAUCGAAAAAGGAAAAAAAGAAGAAGAGGAGUAAGAAGGAGAAGGAGGAGAAAGAUGAGAAGACGGGGCAGAGAGGCUUUGGAAAUUUCCGAACGGUGGACUCGAUCUUCUUCGGCUGGAAGGCGACAUUUGAAAUUAUUCUCGAGGAAAAAGGACCCACCAUAGAGCAGUUCGUUUACGCAAAAGCGUAAAACACAGGUUUUUUCUAUCGGUAUAUCCAGAGAUCGGUAUAUCUGUCGGCAAGCACCUAUUUGGCCGUACCUUUCUCGAUUUUCAACUCUCGAGAGAUCCAACGUCUUCGAGCGAAGCACGCAUCGCGGAACGACUGGAAUCCGAGAAACAGCGUACAAGCAAGGGUGGCAGACGAGCGUUAGGAAGCGGAGAGAAGGAGACGCGAAACGUUCAACGUACGUACGUACGGAGACGAAAAAUACAUGGAACAGAGCGUGAGAAGGAUCGGGAGGAAAACUGGUGCGACGGAAUUUUCCAAAAUGUGUACACAUGGAAGAAUAGGCGAGAAUCCGGGUAUCGAAGAGCCAAGAAACACGUCGACGUCUAAAGUUCGGACGUGAGGACUAAAGGACGUGAAACAAAACGAUGAAAUCGUAACGUCUGUCGCUAAUAAUAAUAAUAAUAAUAAUAUAAUAUUAAUAAUUAUAAUAAUAAUCAUAAGAAUAAUAAUAAUAGUAAUAAUAGUAAUAAUAAUAAUAGUAAUAAAAACAACAAUAACAACAAGAACAAGAAAAACAAUACACAACAAUAAUUAAUUAAUUAAAAUAUUAACGAGGAUAUCGACGAGUAUGACGGAGACGGUGACUGCGACGGUAAUUGCAACGACGACUAUGACGCCGACGUUUCGACGAUAACGAUGGAGACGGCGCCGACGAUGACGACGACGACGACGACGACGACGACGAC